AAGCCACUUAUGGCUCUCACAACUAUGAGGACGUUCUACGCGCCGUUCCUCUAAUAUUCUACGUGAAUGUUGUGAAUCAUCGACAGCAUAAUGAGGAAGUCAACAUUUUCUGGAACGAAAUCGAACAUACGUGUCUAGAGCAGGAAGGAACUUUGCGAACAACACAAGAUAUGAUGGAGAACAUGGCCGAGGAGACAGUAGAAGAAGCCGAGAAUGCAAGCAAGCGAUUACAUUCCGAGUUCUCGAGAUGUGAACAAAAUGAGGAAGGAUUCUCAACCUCACCAAAUGAGGUCAAUUCAAAGAUAAUGUUGGAAGCUUUUGAUGAAAAUGUUGCGUCGGAUCUGAAAGAGAAAGCUCAACGAUCUACCACACCUUUUCUGCCGAAAAAACGUGCGCGCAACACACAGCAAGAGGCUGAAAAAGAUGUUACAGAUGAAGAUUUAGCGAAUUCAGUGAUUGAUACCUCCAACACUUUCGGCAAAGUUGAAUUUCCGUCAUAUUAUAGUAAACUUAAAUCUAUCUGGAACAAUCAAGAUGCUACGAACUAUCAUGUUAUCGAUUUAGGGGAUAAAGAUACAUUAUAUCAGGUUCAUGACCUUUUAGAUGAGGAUGAGUUGAAAGCGUUGUUUAAAAGGUUAAUGUUGGAUGAUGAAGAUAUGCACAUAAAUGAAAAGGCACGUAAAUAUAUAGAGCUGUUUGAUCAGAUUAUGGAGGAAGAGAAUUUGGAAGAUAUUUGUGAUGACGAAGUUGUGGACGAAGUAGCUGGCAGUGAUCUUGUAGAUGAAAAUAAUGAAGAGACAAAAAAUAUGGAAGGAGAUAACGAAAAGUUUAACAAAUCAAUUGCUAAAAUGAAGGAAAUC